AUGAAGCUCGUUCGAAAGUAUCACGUUGUUCCUUAUGAAGAUGGUUCUGCUGUGGAGUCGGCUAAACGAUUUUUGGAAGUUAUUCUCAACGAUGAAACCUUGGAUGCUACAACAAAAUGUCGAUUCUAUCAAGAUUUGCUUUAUCGCAUUCGUCAAUAUAAGGAUUUGCCUAUUGUCAAUCACGAAAUGUUUGAUAUUCUCAAAGAAAACUAUUUUAAACACACCCCCACACAACAAGCCCCAAGACGCUCGAAUAUCGACGAGGUAAUAGUGUCUAAACGGAGCAAAAUUGAACCAAAGGUAGAACCAAAGAUGGAACCAAAGGUGGAACCAAAGGUGGAACCAAAAGUAGAGGAAAAAUUUGAGCCAAUAGUCACACCAAUCAUUGAGCCGAAACUAGAACCGAAAGUUGAACCAUAUGUCGAGAGACAAAUGGAAUAUGCACCUAUGCCACGAGCACAAGUGGUGGCAACUCAACCAACGCGUCGCGCACACAAACGGACUCGCCCUAUUUCACAGGCCAAAGUACCACGAAAGAGAGGCAGAACCGACUCUCCACCUCGCCAAUAUGUAGAACCGCACUCGUAUGUAGACGAUCGUCGCGAACCAGGCGCAUUGAAGCCUUUGCGAUCCCGCAAAGACUACCGCUUUGCACCAUAUCCAAACAGAAAACCCGGUAGAAAGAUUGUGAAAAAGAGCAAACGCAAGCCAAAAAUAGAAGAUGUGGAUGUGAAGCCUGAUUUCAAACUGGACAUUAAGCCCGACAUUAAACCCGACAUUAAACCAGACAUCAAACCUGACAUUAAACCUGAUGUGAAGCCUGAUAUAAAACCCGAUGUCAAACCUGACAUCAAACCACGAAUAAAACCAAAGGCGGAAAUUAAAACCGAACUUGAUGAUGAUUGGGAUAUCAGACCAGACAUUAAACCAGACAUUAAACCGGACGUGAAGCCCAAGCGAAAACUUAAAGUGGAAUCGACGAGACGCGGCACAAAAAGAAUGUACAAGGCUGACGAACGAGAUGUCCCGCCCGUAUCAAAAAAGAAAAAACUUGGGUUGAAAAGGCCGAGGCAGGCUGAACCGGGAAUUGUUGGUACGCAACCAAAGAAGCGAAGGACUCUACCAGGAUUUGGUGCUCCACCUGGCUCGCGUAUAUAUUGCCGAUUGUGGAAAUUUUAA